GAAGAAAUACUGACUGUGAUAAGGCGGGUGGAUGACAACUGGCUGGAGGGGAGGAAAGGAGACAAGAUAGGAAUAUUUCCGUUAACAUUUGUUAAGUUAAAUGAAGCUGCCAGAAGUUUGAUAAACACAAAAUCAAAUUUGACUAUCAGUCCUGGAUUAACGUUAUCGCCAAAUACUCCAGUGAGCUCUUCGAGUGUGAUUGUUUCGUCGGCCGUUUCAGUGGGCUCAAACAGAGGUGAUGCCAGCAACAUCACUUCCGCCUCUUCCAACUGCACCACUUCUGCCGGAGGUAGCACCAUCAGCUCAUCCGACCUCAUCACCGAUGAUGCUUUACUAAUCACAAAUUCCGUAGAUGAUCAAACAAAAGUAUUAACGUUAGAUGCCGCAGCAGAUGGGCUGUUGCCAGAUGGUCAGGCUGUGUUAACUGGCAACUGUCAGCAUGAACUUUUUGUGGCCACUACCUCGGCACCGGCAGCGACGCCUGAGGUGUUGCCACCGAACAAACGCCAUUCAUUCACUUCCACUUCGAUGUCAUCACCAUUUGUUGCAGCAGCCACGUACAAUGACCACAUACCACAGAGGCACUCUGUUGAAGUGACACUCUCAGAGGAAGGUGCUUUGGCUCUAGUCAGCUCAGAAAUAAAUUUGUGUUUACCGCCAUCGUCAUCACUACCUUCAUCACUAGUAACGGAGACUCAGCCUGUUACUUUGACAUCUCAAAGAAAUGUAAAGGCAACAGUUGAUGCUUCUACAGCUCCAAGUUCAUCCAGUAAUUCACAGUCAGGAUCUCUGACAACCCCUGUGUAUAUCGCCUUGUAUAAUUACAAACCUCGGAAAGAUGAUGAACUAGAACUCCACAAGGGAGACCUGUACACGGUCAUGGAGAAAUGCCAGGAUGGCUGGUACAGAGGUUCCUGUUUGCGUACAAGUGUAGCCGGCGUCUUCCCUGGGAAUUAUGUCCAGCUCAUCAGACAUUCAAGUGCUUUCAAACCAGUCAACCCAAAUUUGCUGAACACCAGAACCAAAGCCCCAACUCUAGCCCAGACCAUUACAGCAUCUCACUGUGCGGCUACAGGAGACCACAGACCAGCUCACAUAUCAGGCGACUCCGCAUCACAGGCACCACCUCUAAUGCCCAGGGUAGCCAAGAUUAGCACAUCAGGCCAAAUAUCACGAUCACCAUUAUCACAUCUUGGAGGAACUCCGCUCAGAUCUCUUUCCAAUCCCGGAACCUGCCCAGCAUCAGCUUCUCCGAAGCAUUUGUUCUCACAUUCAUCCUUGUCAUCUCAUGCACAACCACAUGUGGGCCUGUCCAGGCCAGUGAUUCCGGCGCCGCCGCCCGCCACUACCUCAUCUCCUCACCAUUCCCUGUGGGUGCCUCCAAGCCUGACAGCCAUGCAGCACUCCAUGUCAGCCUCAUCCAGCAUCACCCCUCCCAAUGUUGUCAUGAGUCAUAGCCUAGACUCCACGCCAUCUGCUGGUAAAGAAAAGAAAGAGAAAAAAGAAAAGGAAAAGAAAAGUCUGGUGAAAUUAUUGUCUGGCAAGAGCAAGAAAAACAAGCCAGCUUCAGCAGAUGCUGAACCAGCCUCGUCCAUGUCUGUCGUCUGCUUCGAUGGAGGCAUACACUCCAGAUCUGCCUCCUAUCCAGUCAAUGGGACCACUAUAGGAGCUGCAGGAGAUACCAGCAUGAUCAGUGCUCACAGCAAGGCUGCUUCCUUUGAUGCCACGACUGUUCCACCCAUCCCGGCCAAACCCAGACCCAAACUGGCAGUUAGAGAACGAUAUUGUUGUAUAGUACCGUAUCCUCCACAAACUGAACACGAGCUGUCGCUGGAGCUAGGGGACAUCAUUCACAUCCAUCGUAAGCGGGAAGAUGGCUGGUACAAGGGCACGCAGGAGAGGACAGGCAAGACCGGGAUGUUUCCAGCCAGUUUCGUUGAAAAAUGUGACUGA